ACUCGCUGCCCGCGUCGCGCGUGUGGCUUACGAGGGUUGCUGCACGCCGGCGUGGACGAUGCCCGUCGCCCUUCUCCAGCGGCUGCAACUAGAUGAGCGGAUGGACAAAUCGGCGGAGAAUUCUCGGACCAGCACGCCCGACGGUCCAACAGCUUCGCGGACAAGUCCUUCAAGUGUUGGCGAUGAACGACUCGGUCGCCAGCAGCCUGCCGCUGCUGAUGUCGCGGGCGGCGCCCUGCUGCUUGGCCAGGACUUGCUUGAGCAGUCGGUUGCUUUUAUGAAUAUUUGCUUGGGCAGAGAUGGUUUGUUUUGCUGUAUUAUCGUGAUGUUGAGCAUAAGCACGGCGAGUCUUUGUUGGGGCGCGCAGGAGGCCACGGGCGGCGGUGGGGGUUGUGUAAUACUAUUUCAUGUCUUGUAA